AUGAAGUUCACCAGCUGCUUCCUCCAGGGCUCUGCCCUUGCUCUCCUCGCGGGACUGGGGUCGACCUUCGGACUCUCCAACUCCAAGUUGGUCAGAGACCUCCAUGAUGCCGCCAUGAUGGGCAUGGAUCCCGAUGUCGUUCUGCACCCUGAGCAGUUCAAGGCGCAGAUGGCGGGUAUCCAGUCUGCCAACCCGGUAGCAGAGACCUUUGACAUGCCAAUUGACCACAAGGGCAACAAGACUGGCACCUAUAAGCAUCGUUUCUGGAUCAACGAGCAAGAUUACAAGCCAGGUGGUCCAGUCUUUGUUUUCGACUGCGGUGAAGCCGCCGGUCAGAGAUAUGCAAACAACUAUCUCUUCAACGAGACCAACUUCUUCAGACAGUUCACCAAGAAGUUCAACGGUAUCGGUAUCGUAUUUGAGCACAGAUACUACGGAGAAUCAACCCCCUACCCGGUUACCGUCAACACUCCCCCAGAGCACUUCCAGUAUCUCGACAACGACCAGGCUUUGGCAGAUCUUCCAUAUUUCGCUAAGGACUUCAAGCGAGCUGCUUUCCCCGACACUGAUCUCAGACCAAAUGCUACUCCAUGGAUCAUGGUCGGAGGAUCUUACCCCGGUAUGCGAGCUGCAUUCACCCGUGACAGGUACCCAGAGACCAUCUAUGCUUCGUGGGCAUCCUCCGCACCCGUCCAAGCUCAGAUCGAUAUGGCCGUGUACUACGAGCAGGUCUACAGAGGACUUGUCGCUUACGGCUGGGGCAACUGCACCAAGGAUAUCCACGCCGCAUACAGAUACAUUGACCGUCAGCUCUCCAGAAAGGACAGCGCAGCAGCUAUCAAGAAGCUCUUCUUGGGUGAGGGCGCCGAUGCGGCUAGCAAUGGUGACUUCACCGCUGCUCUGAUCGUUGCAUACGCCGGAUGGCAAUCAUCCGGAGCCGACGGCCAGGUUGGCAAGUUCUGCAACUGGCUCGAGACCGAUCCCAAGACGAACAAGACCGCUCCUGCUGAGGGUUGGGCUCCUACCAAGGGAGACAAGGCCAUGGCCGAGCGUUUCGCUGCCUGGCCCACCCUCGCUGCCAUGGUCAACGCCAAUGCCAUGACCAACUGCAAGCAAACUGACAAGUCCAAGCCACUCGAGUGCAAGCUCGACAAGCCAAGUGAGGACCCAGACUUCAUCAGCUGGAUCUGGCAAUACUGCAGUGAAUGGGGCUACUACCAGGGCGUAAACUUCCCAACACACGAGAUCCUGUCCAGGUACCAGACCAACCAGUACAACCAGGAGUUCUGCUACCGCCAGUUCCCUACCGGUGUCAAGAGCGGCUACCUUCCACGCGCACCCCAAACCCACAAGACCAACCGUGCUACUAAGGGAUGGCACAUGCGCCCAUCCAACGUCUACUGGAGUGGUGGUCAGUGGGAUCCAUGGAAGACUCUUUCACCACUAUCCACCGAGGUCUUCGCCCCUCGCAUCGAGGUCUCCAAGGAGAUCCCGAAAUGCAACGUUUCCACCGGUCCAAAGAAGAUCUUCGGCUACGUCAUUCCAAAUGCCCAGCACGUCUACGAUUUUAGGACCUACUUCAAGCCCGGUGCUGUUUCCAGACAGCUCUUCUCGGACGCUUUGGAGGCAUGGCUUCCUUGCUUCAAGAAGCAUUAG